CUCUCACACACCCCCACCCACAGAGAGAGAGAGAGAGAGAGAAUGUGGAGGAGCUCUUGGGGCUACUCUGAAAAUGGACACUCCAGUGAAGAACCAACUUGCCACCACUUCUAAGUUUGAGGACUCUCCUGUAUUUAAUUACAUCAGCAAUCUUUCUCCUAUCGAGCCAGUCAAGUCCAUACCCACUGAUCAUGCAUUUACUUCGCUAACUUUUGCAUCCCCUUCAUCAGUAUUUCCUUCACCACAGAUUGGUAUCCACAAAGAAUCUAGAUUUUCAAUUAGAAGGCAUCAGUUCUCAGACCCUUCAAAAAAUGAGUCCUCUCAGAUUGGAAACAAAAACAAUACAAGUGAAGGGGUUUCAGUUGCUGUUCAAUCAUCUGAUUCAUGUACUGAAAAUUUUGAAUGUUGUACUUCUGCCAGUUCAGCAAGAGAGAUUACUAAUGAGCCAACUGAUGAGCCCUCGGAACUAGUCAUUGAGUUGCCAAAUACCUUGAAAUAUGAUUGUGGUAGCCCUGACAGUGAUAUGGUACCUCCUGAUGCUAUUAAGACAGAUGCUGCACCAGAAGUUGCAGGCACACUGGAAUCAUUCGAUGAAUUUCUUCGGGAUGACUCAAAAGGGAAGCUCCAUUAUUUUGAAAGUGAAAAAAAUUUGCGCAACAUCUGUUCGAUUGAGCAAAAUAUAGAAGCAUGUGACUGGGUGUCAUUUGUUUCUGGCGCUGCAGAUCUGUUGAACUUGGAUUCAUCCAUGAUUGAAGAGCAUUUUGAGGGACAAAAUCAUAAAUCAGUUGAUCCUGGGACAAUUUCUUUUCUCUCAACUGUCCUACAGCUCCCACAAGACAAUGCAAAUGAUGUAGAGAAGACAGAAACCGUUGGUAUUAUCAGUUGCAAACAACGUGAAAUAGGAGAAACAGUAACUCAAUCCAGAGAAAUUGGAAACCUGAAAAAAAAGGAUCAAACUUCAGCAGUCUUUUCUAGCACUCUGCUGGAUAAGCUAGUUGUUAGUGAUUUGAGUGAUAAAGUGGAUGACAAGGGGAAAAAGUGCAUGGAUUCCAGCAGCAAGCCUGGUUCUCACAGGCUUUGUAGUAUACGACGGCGCUGUCUGGUUUUUGAAACUUCAGGAGCUCAUAAAAAUAAGCCAAUAUGUGAUUCUAAUAGUAGUUCUUCGGCAAUACCAUCUGAUUGUGAAGUUUUUUCUAAUGAAAAGCAAGCUCAAAUCAAUACUGCAAGUGGUUAUUCAUCAACCAUGUUACCUGGUAUUGGUUUGCACUUGAAUGCUCUUGCAACUGCUCCGACUGAUAAUAAAGUUGUCAAGCUUGAGAGUCCAGCUUUCAGAAGUAAACAAAUAAUUAUGCUAAACUCACUGGUCUCUUGCAAUCCUUUAACACCUGGCCAGAAUCCUCUUGAUAAAGCCCUGACUCUUAAAACUUUGGAAGGUGAAUUGGCUCCACAUUAUAAUGAAGCUCAGGUUACAGAAAAUGCUCCUCAAACAUCUACAAGUGCUGUUAGUGAAGAGUUUGACCAGAGUAGUCCUAGAAGAAAGAGAUUCAAGUUGGAACAUGUUGAAGAAAGCAACGCCUGCAAGCGCUGUAAUUGUAAGAGGUCAAAAUGCUUGAAGCUUUACUGUGAAUGCUUUGCUGCUGGCCUCUACUGUGUUGAGCCUUGUUCAUGCCAAGAUUGCUUUAACAAACCUAUUCAUGAAAGCACUGUUCUGGAGACUAGGAGAAACAUUGAAUCUCGCAACCCACUUGCAUUUGCUCCCAAAGUGAUCAGAAGCGCAGAUGUUGUUCCUGAAUUUGGGGAUGAAUCUAACAAAACUCCAGCCUCAGCCAGGCAUAAAAGAGGAUGCAACUGUAAAAAAUCAAGUUGCUUAAAGAAAUACUGUGAAUGCUUUCAGGGUGGGGUUGGAUGCUCUAUCAACUGCAGAUGUAAAGGAUGUAAGAACGCAUUCGGGCGGAAGGAUGGAGCUGAAGAAACUGAUAUCGAAGGGGAAGAAUUAGAAGCUUGUAAAAAGAAUGCAUUGGAUGCAAGUCUACACACAGUCAAGGAGGAUGAAAAGGAACAUCUUGAUUUCCCAAUUACAGAAUUAUCAGAGAAUAGCAGAUCUCUGAGUCAAGAAUCAGAAGGCUGUAAGAAUGCAUUGGAGAUAAGUUUACAGGAAGUAAAUGAGAGUGAAAAAGAACAUCCAGAUCUCUCAAUAACACCUUUUUCUGAAAUAAGCAGACCUUCAAUCCGAUUGCCAUUUUCCUUUAGUGGGAAGCUACCUUUAUCUUCUCUGCUUUCUGUUGGAUCAUCAGCUCAGUUUUGCACCAGCCAAAAACCCAGAACAAAAUAUUCUCUCUCCUCUCGGCUCAAAUUUGAGACACAUCUUCAGAUGAUUCCUGAAGAUGAAACUCCCGAGGCUUUGAAUAGUACUAGUGAUGUGAAGUCAACCUCUCCAAACUCCAAGAGGGUUUCACCUCCUAAACAAGAGUUUGGUUCAACUGCUCGAAGGAUGGGUAGAAAGUUGAUUUUGAGAUCUAUUCCACCGUUCCCAUCUCUCAGCUCAACAGGAGAGCAGUGAUUUUCAUGAUGCUGUGAAAUGUUGUUUGGUUGUACUAUUUCGAGCAAAUUCAAUGUAUCCUUCCGAAAUAGUAGCAUGCUUCAGCUAGUGGCAUUGUCAAUAUGUACAAAUUAGUAUUACAGUUAGCCUCUCUUAUUUAAGUGGUUCUUUUCUGUUAGCCUUUUUAUUUUUUAUUUUUAAAUGUCCCAACUCCCAUCCUUAUUCCUUAAUAUGCUCUCAAAUUCUAUUAUAGCUUGUACCUUUCAGCUCUAAUUUGGGCAAUGUUCUGUUGUAUGAUUAGACUAAGUUGAAGGAAUGUGUAAUGUUACUGUAUUUGUUUCCAAUAAUUGCAGACAACUACCAGUACUACCUUUACAAAUC